AUGUUUGCUGCUGUGUUCCUGUCCUUGGGUUGGCUGAUGGUGCAGUUAACUGAUGGGGAACUGGACUACAUCUCUCAGGGACAGGGGAUGCAACUGCAGGGAAACUUCUCCAUCGCUGGACUUUUUCCUCUCCACUACACAGAUGGACCGAGUGCUGGUUUGCCUGCUCUGGGUCCAUGUAAUGUAGGUCGACCCAACAAACACGGCUUUCACCUGUUGCAAGCCAUGAGAUUUGCUGUGGAAGAAAUCAACAACAGCAGUGGACCACAUCCUCUUCUACCAGGAGUGAAGCUGGGCUACCAGAUGUAUGACAUCUGCUCAGUGCCGGCUAGUGUCCUGGCCACACUGGACCUGCUGGAGCAACAGAACCAGGGCCCCUUUACGCCCAGGACAAAGGGAGACACAGACACAGACUAUGACAACAGCCAAAGAGCGGUGGCUGUGAUUGGGCCGGACAGCAGCAGCAAAAGCUUCAGCCCCGCUGCAUUACUGGGGGCCUAUCUCAUGCCACAGAUCUCUUAUGAAGCCUCAAAUGAAAUGCUCAGCAACAAGUUCCUCUAUCCAGCCUUUUUCCGCACAAUUCCCAGUGACAAGAACCAGGUUGCAGCUAUGAUCCGGCUUUUAAUUCACUUUAACUGGACAUGGAUUGCUCUCUUAGGUAGUGACAACUCCUAUGGCUUGCAGGGCAUGCAGAGUCUUUCCCACCAAGCACCUCAGCACGGCAUCUGUAUUGCCUACCAAGGGGUCAUUCGAUCACUCAGACCUGACACAGUCCAGACCAUGAGGAACAUGGUGGACAGCCUACUGAAGACCAAAGUCAACACCAUUGUAGUCUUCUCCAGCAAGUCCAAACUCAGUGGCUUUUUCCCAUUUGUCGUUGAGCGCAAAGUGACAGGCAAGGUGUGGAUUGGGACGGAGGACUGGUCAGUAGCUACUCUUAUAUCAGAGAUACCUGGGAUCCACACCAUUGGCACUGUGCUGGGUGUGUCCAUUAAAUAUGCAGCUAUAUCUGGUUUUGAGGACUUUGAGAGAAAUGCAGUUCAGGCUUCACUGCAGCAGAGCAAACUCCAGAAAGUCUCUAAUGGCACCACAAACCCAGGCAAUGACUGUCUACAGUCCACAGACCUGUACAGCCUCACCAGGAAGAAUUUCUCACUAGAGAAAUACGACAUCACGUCUUCCUUCAACGUGUACAAGGCGGUGUACGCUGUGGCUCACGCUCUGCACCAAGCUCUUGGCUGUGACUCUGGAGAGUGUCAAAGGAGGAAGGUGCAUCCAUGGGAGCUUCUCCCCUGGCUUAAGCAGGUGCGAUUCUCUCUGGGCAACACCUCCGUGUACUUUGACGCACACGGUGACCCGCCCACAGGAUAUGACAUUGUCUCCUGGGUUUGGAGGGGGACGGACUGGUCUCUAAGAGUGGUGGGCUCCUUCAGCCCAGAUCCCAUUACCCUCACAGUUCAUGAUGAUCAGAUUGAGUGGCACGACACAAAACAGUCAAGACAAGUGCCGCUGUCCAUCUGCUCUCCACCCUGCCCGGCGGGCCACAAGAAUCUGCUGAUGGGGCAACACGCCUGCUGCUUUGACUGCCAGGCUUGUCCUGAGGCCACAUUCCUCAAUAUAAGUGAACCCACUCUGUGCCAGCCAUGUGUGCCGGAGCAGUGGGCUCCUCCAAGUAGUGAUCAGUGUCUGAAUAGGACUGUCCUGCUCCUCGCCUGGGACGCCCCCCUCUCCAUCGCCCUGCUCUUCUUUCUGGCCACCUGUGUUCUCAUGACCUGCAGCUCUGCAGUAAUCCUGCUGCUCAACUUGAACACGCCUGUGGCCAAGUCUGCUGGAGGCCGCACCUGCCUCCUGAUGCUGGCAGCCCUGACUGCUGCUGCUAUGAGCUCUUUGUGCCAUUUUGGCCGGCCAUCUCCUCUGGCCUGUGUCCUCAAGCAGCCUCUAUUCAUCUUCAGCUUCACUGUGUGUCUGGCCUGCAUCACUGUGCGCUCCCUCCAGGUUGUCUGCAUUUUUAAAUUUGCAUCCAAGCUGCCGCCGGUCUAUGACAAAUGGGCCAAAAAACAUGGGCCAGAGUUUACCAUUCUCCUGGUGUCUGUCACCAUAUUGUUUGUUUCUGGGCUCCGUGUGGUCCUCAACCCUCCCCAGCCGUCCCAGGAUCUUGACUUCUACAAGGACAGCAUUGUCCUGGAGUGCAGUAACACCCUCUCAGCCGGCGCGUGGCUGGAGCUAGCUUAUGUCUCCCUGCUCAGUGUCCUCUGCUUCGCUUUCAGCUACAUGGGAAAAGACCUGCCAGCAAACUACAAUGAAGCCAAGUGUGUCACCUUCAGCCUCAUGGUGUACAUGAUCUCCUGGAUGAGCUUCUUCACCUUAUAUCUCAUCAGCAGAGGCCUGUUCACCAUGGCCGCACACGUGUUUGCCAUCCUCUUCAGCGUCCUGGCCUUCCUCUGGGGCUACUUCCUGCCCAAAAUAUAUAUUAUUGUCCUGAAGCCACAAAUGAACACCACCGCUCAUUUCCAGAACUGCAUUCAAAUGUACACCAUGAGCAAACAGUGA